AUGGACACAAAGAAUUUGAUUUCUUUGUAUAACAAAAACCUGUACAGUAAUAUCAUCGAACUUGCACAGAAAGCGUCUGCUAUAGGCACCAUUUUGAAAACAGUUGAAAACACGUUUUUAGAGCUUGAGAAUACAUUGGAGGGGUUUUUAGAACAGUUUCCAACGAACGACACACCGGGGUCAUUUGUCUCACUUGUCACAUUAAGUUUGAAUGCAAACAUUGCAGUAAGGUCCCAAUUUACAAUUUUGUCAGACAAGUAUCGGAAAUUCAGUGAAAAACUGAAAAACCCAUGGGACUGGGAGGAGUUGAUCAGUUCCUUUGAUAAGAUCAAAACGCAACAACUCCAUUCCAUAUUCAACAUCCAUGCAUAUCGAUGUUUGGAGGAGUUUUUGCGUGUGAUUAAAACGUUUGGGGAGAGCGAUGACAUCAAAGUGUUAUUAGACGACGCAAAAAUAAGACCAUUCACAUCGUCUGCCGAUCGACUAGUCAAUGAAAGGAAACGGUUACUUAACGUCGAGUACAUGUUACCCGUCACCGAUUUGGUGAAGUUUGAAGAACGCCCCCCGACACUGCUUCCCCUCUAUUUUGAGAAAAUCAUGUAUAAAAUGUACUUUGAGAAAGGAGAUAUGGAAGGCGCGUUUCGACAAUGUGCUGGCAAAGAUGAGAUGGAGCAAUAUAUGCAAUACUUUGGUGUUGUCGAUUGUCGUCUUAUGGAUCACGUCUUGAUCGCUGCUAUACUCAAAAAGUACUUAAGAGAGGCACCAAGUCCUGUUUGGCCGAUUUCGUUGUACGACCAACUUGUCGAAAUGACGGGCCAAACCGGGACAAAUUUGGCGAUGUGGAAAAUGAAGUUUCGCGCGUUAUACAAUUCGGUGCCUACAGAAAACAAAACGUUUUUGGAACAUUUUGUUGCGUUGUGUUUGCAAAUUUGUAAAAAUCCAACUAGCAAAAUGUCUCCCAAAAAUUUGGCCAUUUGCACAGCUCCCGGCUUAAUAAGAAACAAACCUAUGAACGGCGAUUACAUCGAAACACCACAUCAACACGUGUUUGUAGCGUUCACAAACAUGUUAGUCUGUGCUAAUGACAUCUUCCCCCAAAUCAGUAUGAAGUUCAUUGAAAGUCGACUUGAAGAAGUGCUUAACCCGCCAAGUGUAUUCAAAGACAUCUUUGAAGCGCGGUCGGGGAGAAUUGUGAGAAACACACCGCCGAUCCGAACCAAUUCUGCAAAUAGGCGAUUGGCUCACCAACGCUUCAAACCACUUCCCCCCAAGCCAAACAGACUCUCCAGUCUCUCUGAUGAUUCCCAAGUGUGA